UUUUUUGUUCGUCGUUCGUCCUCAUCAGCAGAAGCGCUAAGCUAAGCACUAAGCAGAGCAGUCGUCAGUCAGCAGAACAAUCGAAGACGGAGUCGGAGUGAACUUUGCAUUACAUUGCAUCUUUUUACGGUUAUAUUUUUUUAUUUAUUAUUUUGUUGCUAGAACGAACCUAGCAGACGACUUCGACUGCGACAAUCGACCAAAACCAAGGAGAAAAACUGUUUUUGGUUUUCGUUUUUUUUUUUUUAAGUCGUCGGGUGCGGGUCAAGUGAAAACGUAAACGGCUCCCCUCGUCCCCAGCUACACACAACACGACAAAGACACACGAGAGUGAAAAGCUCCACCGCCGAGCACCGAAACCGAAACAGAGUCCCCAUCUUCUAAAGAAACGUCGUAAAGUGACAGCAAGAAGAUAAUUCGCGUGUGGCCGUCACCAUCGCACAUUCAUUGUGCGUUAUUUUUCGUUUUUCGUCUUUUUAUUUUAUAUUUUCCCUUUUACACAGCAGAAUUUUAGUCGAAAAUUAUAAUUUUUGUGUGUUGUUUUAAUUAAUUUGAAUUUCCUUUGUUAUAUUGAGUGUGGUGUUAUGUGGGCUUUGCUUGGCGAUAGCUGGUGCUGCAAAAAUUAAAUGAUAAAUGGACAGUUUCGUCAUCGUGGUGUUCGUUGUCGAUAAAUGAAACAAAAGAAUCCUCGUCUCCCCCUCGUCCCCUCACAAUCACCCAUCACCGAUAGAUAAAUCAUAACUCACAAUGGUGGAUAAAAAUAAAAUUCCUAAUCGGGCACAAACACAAAAUGCAACAAAGGUCCAGAAUGGACAGCACGGGAAGCUCAUUGAGAGCAACAACAGCAAGAAACCCAAGAUUGUUCCUGUCGGCGGCAGUGGAACUGGCAGUGGUAAAAAACGUUCCAAAGUCAAUGAGGAAUACGAUUUGGUGCCUCCGGAUGGUGGCUGGGGAUGGCUCGUCCUCGCCGGGUCGAUGAUGGUCAAUAUCCUUAUUCCAGGAACGAUAAAAAGUUUCGGAGUGCUGUUUUUGGAGUUCUUGGACGCCUUCAAUGCUUCGCCGGCGACUGCAGCGUGGAUUCCGGCUUUGUGCUACUUUCUGUACAGUUCCCUGGGACCAGUAUCGAGUAUAUUGUCGGUAAAGUACUCCUUUAGGACGGUGACGAUCAUGGGAGGCGCUUCGGCAGCUAUCGGAAUGAUCAUCUCGUUCUGGGCGACUUCAGUGUCCUUUCUCUACAUCAGCUACGGUGUUCUGGUGGGAAUCGGGGCAGGAUUGUCAUUCCCUCCAACAGUCUACAUCGUCACCUCGUACUUCGUCAAGUUGCGGGGCCUUGCAAACGGGCUUUGUAUAUCUGGCAGUGCCCUGGGCUCCAUCAUCCUGCCUCCCCUGCUGCGGUACCUGUUGGUGACUUACGGCUAUCGCGGAGCGGUACUUAUAAUGGGCGGAGUGACGCUGAAUGUGUUCGUGGCCGCCAUCUUCUACGAGCCAGUAGAAAACCAUAUGAUUCGUGUUCCUAGAGCAAAGAAAUCCCUGGAUGACAUCGAGGAAGAGGACGUGGGUAUUGUCCUGAAGUUCGAGAGCGUCGCGGAGGAGAAUCCCGAGCUGAAGGCGCUCACAGAGGACCAAAACGAGGCGAAGCAGUCGCCAGACUUAUACAUGGGCAAUGGAGAUGACAAGCACUUCGGGAGAAGUGCCUCGGCUGCUGUUGUACAGUCGUUCAACAAAAAUCCCGAUGAAUACAACGCGCACAUCAGGACCAGAAAGGUGAGCACGCCGACGUACGGAUCCGUGCCGCAGCGCAAUCAGACAUUCACUCCUGGCCAAAUGAACUCACAAAAUUCACUAUAUGCCGUCCCCGAGCGCGGCACAUCGCACAACAGGCUCGAUCGCAAUUUAGCCCUAAGAAACAGCUCCAGACAUCGUUUGUCCAGACACUCACCUUCCACUAGUAGUUUUCAAUAUAUCAGCACGCCGUACCACGGCAGCACGCUAUCCUUCCAGCCCAAAGAGUUCUCGUCGCAUCUGUCGUUGAAGUCUCUGGGCAGCGGUGGAGCCCUGCACGAGGACACCGUCGAGUGUGAGAAAGAGGAGCCCAGCACCAGAAGCAAGUUCUUCGAUAUAACUCUCCUUAAGGAUCCCGUCUACCUCAUCAUCCUAAUAUCGAACUCAACGAACGCCAUCGGCUACACCAACUUCAUCAUCCUCCUGCCGGCCUACGGAGUGGCCUUGGGCUUCGAUCGGUCUCUGGCCGCUUACUUAAUUUCAAUUGUAUCUACCACGGAUUUAAUUGGACGCAUCGGGGGCUCGGCUCUGUCCGACUUGAACCUGAUACCCAAACACUUCUAUUACAUUGGUGGUUUGGCCUUGUCUGGAGUCUCGCUGGCGGUGCUGCCGUUUGUCAAUAGCUACGGACUGGUUAGCUUCUGGUGUGCCGUCUUCGGCUUGGCUUCCGGAGUCUAUGUGGGGAUAACCGCUGUCAUCAUGGCCGAUAUGCUGGGCACUGAUCGUCUGACGUCUUCCUAUGGUAUCAGUUUGUUUGUCAAUGGCAUACUGCAACUGGUAGGUCCGCCACUAUGUGGUCUGUGGUUUGAGAGCGCACGUACUUAUAGCCCGCUGUUUCACACUCUCGGAAUUAUUCUGAUCGCUGGAGCUAGUCUAUGGGGCUUGAUGCCGUUUGUUAAAAAAUCUACACCCGAAGAAAUUGAUGAUGAAAACGAUAUCAAUCAAGUUAAUGUUGAGGGUGGACUCCUUGAGGAAGAAGCCUAAUUCUACGUAAACAAAAAGAGAGAUUGAGUGAGAGAGAAAGAGCGAAUAAGAGAGCAAUUAGUGUAGUGUGGAAGGACUCACUUUUUUUACACAUUUCUUUUUUUCGUUUUGUAGAUCUUUAUUUUUUUUUUUCAUUUUUGAGAGUUUUAAGUUAAAAAAUUUAAAAGAAAAAAUAAUGCAAAAGUAUUUAAAUUUAGGAAAUAUAUAAUAUUAUAUACAAAUGUCUCUUAUAUAUUUUUUGUACGUAGCAAUACCUAUUUUUUAAUUAUUAAUUAAUGUUUUUUUGUUUCCUUAUAAAAUAUAGUUAAGUACGCAAAGUAUUUACACACAAAUAUACAAACAAAAUACAACAAAACAAAAGAUGAACAUUGUUGUCUAUGUUGUACUAAAGAAAAGA